AUGGUAUUAAAAAGUUUUAUUAAUUAUCUUAUUAAUAAAUAUCUUAAAAAGUACGUUGAACGACUCGAUUAUGAAAAAGUUAAAUUGAGUUUGAAAAGUGGAAAGAUCUUUUUGGAGAAUCUUCGUUUAAAACCUGAAGCAUUGGCCAAUCUCAAUAUUCCUGUGACAAUAGCCGUUGGAUAUUUAGAACAAUUAAGAGUAUCAAUUCCAUGGAACAGUCUAUCGGCAAAUCCAACCGAAAUUCACAUUGAUGGACUUUAUAUGUUGAUUGUGCCGAAGAAUGAAAAGGGUCAAGAUUUGAGCGAACACUACGCAGAAAAAUCAAAACGAGUUCAACAAAAAUUGGAAAAUUUUCGAAAAGUUGCAUCAGAAAAUGGAGGAUUUGACAAUAAAGAAUUAGCAUUUAUUGAACGAAUGAGAUUUCAAGUUAUGCGAAAUAUUAUUUUAACAAUUCGAAACGUACAUAUUAGCUAUGAAAUGAAAUCAUCAAACAAAUUAGGACAUCCUUUUUCAUUUGGAAUCACUUUUUAUUAUCUUGAAGUGACGACAGCGACCAAUAAUCAGUUGACUAAACGAACAAAAGAAGAUACACUUCUUACUUAUAAGAUUAAUGAAAUGAGUUCAUGGUCAGUCUAUUGGAAUACAAAAUGUAAAUCAAGACUUGACAUGCCAUUCAAAGAUAUUCUGGAUGAUCUUAAAUCUAAAAUAGCGACAAAUAAUUCUACACCAGAUGACAAUGAAAUGAAAUAUGUUAUUCGUCCUUCAAAUCUUCUAAGUGAAUCAUUGAUAACAUUAAAACCUAAACAACAUCAUUAUGAACGAUCAACAUUGAUUUUUAAUAUUAACAUUCCUAAAAUGAAUUUUCAUCUUGAUUCGGAACAAAUAUCUGAUAUUUUAGAUUUUAUCAAAGUUCAAGAUUAUAUGAAAACCUAUGAUCGAUGUUAUGAAUAUCGUCAACUAUUAUUACAAGACUUAUUGGCUAUCGAACCAUUAACACAACAACAAAAACAACGUAUUCAAUUUCUUGAAUCAAAAUUGGAUAUAUUUAAUUUGGCUUAUAUUCGUCAUAAAGUUGAAAUUGAAAGUAAUCGUUUAUCUUCAACUAUGGCAAAUGAUAAUAGUGAUCAAAUACAACAAACUACAACGAAUCAAAUGCCAAUUAACAUUCCUAAUCAAAAUACAAAAAGAGAUAGAUUUCAACACCGUUUGAGUUCAUUGGCCAAAGUAAAAACAACAUUUACUCAUUUAACUAAAAGUAAUCGACAAACGAAAACAACAGCAGGAACAUUAUCAAAUAUUCUAAACGAAAGAGAAUCCUUAUUUGAAGACUUGCCCAAGAUAGAUGCUGAAAUAAAUAUCAAUCAAAUUAAUUUUAAUAUUUUAUCAACAACUACAAAUACAAGAUUAAUGGCGAAUAGAAUCAAUCAUGAAAUAAUAGCUUGUAUCAGCAUAACUGAAGCUUGGUUUAAAAUAAAGAAAAUGUCUAUUACAUCGAGAUUGGAAUUUAUGAAUGAAUUUCAAUCUCUUCAUAUAUUUGGUACAAAUCGUGAUAAUCAAUAUCGACCCAUAUUGAUUAAACCAAGAUUAUUAUCAUCUCCAUUUCUACAUAUCGAAUUUGAAUUAUAUACUGCCGAUUCGAAAUCAGAUAAUCGUUUUUAUUUAACUAUGGAACCAAUUGAAUUUAUCUAUGAUGCUCCAACAAUAAAUCAAUUGAUGGAAUGUUUUGAUACUAAUGAUAAUAUUAUUUGGAAAGCAGCACCAAAACUAAUCCAACAUACAAUAAUGGAAAUGGAAGAUAAAUUAUUAUCGAAGAAAAUCUUGGAUAUGAAUAUUGAUUUAAAAGGAGUAUCAAUUCUUUUACCAGAAUGUGGUGUCUAUCAAGAAGGUUUUUCAAUAAUUCAUAUUCAUUGUGGCAAUAUCAUCUUAAAGUCAUGUCUUGAAAAGAGUGAUAAUGAUGAUAUUGAUAAAUCUUUAUUUAAGGAAAAUAGUGAAGAACAAGA